UGAUUGGCCUCCAGAAGUGUCCCACUAUGCCUGUUCUAGCCACUCUGGUCAUCACUUUGAACUCUACUGCCCUGCCCUCAGGUGACCAACGGUCAGACCCACCUUUUAAAUUCUGGUAAUUUUGAAAAUCCCUUUCCUGUUUGCUCAGCCAGGCAUGGAGGGCUCUCAGCGAAUCUUUCCAGGUGCCCAUGCCUCCACGCGCCAGGUGAUCCCGAGUAUAGAGCAAUGGCGAGAUGCUGGACCUUAUCAGUGUUUGGCGGGAGGAAGCUGUCCAGUCCCAGCCACGCUCCAGCCAUAGGAAUUACGAUACCUUCGGGCAGAUAUCAAGGGACAGGCUGGAAAGGGGCCAUGACCGGGACGCACUGCAGUGCAGGGUUAAAGUGAAGGAGCUGUGGAAUGCCUACCACAAAGCCCAUGAGGCAAACAGCCGCUCCGGUGCUGCCCCUGCGACCUGCAGUUUCUACAAAGAGCUGGUUGCAAUACUUGGGAGCGAACCCACCUCCACUCCAAGUACCACCAUGGACACUUCAGAGCCCAGUCCAACAAGGAGGGAGGAGGGGGAGGAGGAGCAAAGUGAGAGCAAGGGUGCUAAGGCGGAGGAAGACACGCUGGAAACCCUAGAUGCAUGCAGCCAGGAGCUGUUCUCAAGCCAGAAGGAAGGUAGCCAGUCAUGGCAGCCGGUGCUUGGGGAAGGACAAACACCAGAACAGGUUCCCGAUGCAACCUUGAGAUCGCAGCCGUCCAUGUUAUCACUGGCCCAAAGACUCCAAAGAAUCAGAAAGAGGCCACGUAGAAGCAAGGAAGACGUUGCAUGAAGAAAUGCAGCAUUCAAGUAAUGAAAAUCAAAAAGUGCAGAAGUGGAGGGAGAGUGAAAGGAGGAUCCGCCAGCAGAAUGAGGCACGCCGGCACAAAAGCGCAAUGCUCCAGCAGCAAAGCUCGGCUUGGCUGAUAAGCAUAAUGGAGCGCCAAGCGGACUCUAUCCAGGCGCUCGUAGCCAUGCAGGUGGAGCACCACCACGCCCAUCCCCCCCUGCAGCCCUUGUCCCAAA